AAUGGCUUCGGAUUAGGACUGAAAGAAGACGUUUGACUUUUGUUUUUUUGGGGAGUGAAUGCGUACAUGGUUCAUCUUUGGUAAAUCGUGAUGACCACACUGUGAAUGACAUUUCGUUUGGAGACAGAGAUCCCUGAGGAAAUUAAUUGUCCCGUAUUGUGUUGUAUGUGAUGUGUUUCACGUGUUUGCGCACCACAGUGGGGCAGUUUGACUGACACGUGUUCCCACGGACCGUUAAAUGCCCGGGAUCCGGAUCCUUUGGGUGAUCUAUACGGUGGAUGCGGCGGAAAGAAAGGCCGUUCUGUGAUCACCGGGAGCGGGGACAAUAUGAAGUAUCUCAGAAAGUGGAAUUGCACCCGGACCAUUUGGAUUAUUUAUCCAGAGAUGAUUCUUUUUCCAGUUCUUUGGUUUUUAUCUCAAACUCGGGCGGCCCCGUCUAUAACAGCCGAGCAGAUGGAUAUGGGGGUGGAUUGGCUGAGCAAGUUUGGCUAUCUCCCACCCCCUGAUCCUGUGAAUGGACAACUACAGACUAAGGAGGCUUUGACGAGGGCCAUCAAAGCCAUGCAGAGGUUCGGAGGCCUGAAAGAAACUGGAGUGCUAGACCAAGCAACCUUGGGCUUAAUGAAGACCCCUCGCUGCUCGCUGCCAGAUAUGUCAGAGCCGGAUAUGUCAGCAGGCAGACGAAAGCGAGCGCUAGCUCCUCAGAAUAAGUGGAAUAAGAGGCAUCUUUCCUGGAGGGUAAGGACGUUUCCAAAGGAGUCAGCUUUGCUGGGCCGGGACAUGGUGCGGGCGCUUAUGUACUAUGCCCUGAAAGUGUGGAGUGACAUCGCUCCUCUCAACUUCCAUGAGGUGGCGGGGAAUGAGGCGGACAUUCAGGUUGACUUCACCAAAGCGGACCAUAAUGACGGAUACCCUUUCGAUGGACCCGGUGGCACAGUAGCCCACGCAUUCUUUCCCGGCGAACGAUUCACAGCGGGCGACACGCACUUUGAUGAUGAUGAAGCCUGGACCUUCAGAUCGCCAGAUUCUCAUGGAAUGGACCUUUUCGCAGUGGCAGUGCAUGAGUUUGGCCAUGCCAUAGGGCUUGCGCACACUUCUGCUAUUGAGUCCAUCAUGCGCCCUUACUACCAGGGGCCAGUGGGUGACCCACUCAAGUACAACCUCCCGUACGAAGACAAGAUUCGCGUCUGGCAACUUUACGGUGUUCGGGAGUCCGUAUCGCACACGACGCAGCCAGAUGACCCCUCUCAAACGGCCGAACCUCCCGUCCUGCUUGACCUCCCCAAAAACAGAUCCACGAUACCACCUGCCCAUGAUGCCCCUGAUAGAUGCAGUAGUCACUUUGAUGCUGUAGCCCAGAUUCGAGGGGAGGCCUUCUUUUUCAAAGGGAAGUAUUUUUGGCGUCUGACACGUGAGAAGCACCUGGUGUCAUUAAGGCCAGCUCAGACCCAUCGCUUCUGGAGGGGUUUGCCUGCCAACCUGGACAGCGUGGAUGCUGUAUACGAGAGACCUGGAGACCAUAAGAUAGUGUUCUUUAAAGGAGCGUCAUAUUUCUUCAAGGGAAAGGAGUACUGGCGUGUGGCAGGCAGUGAUAUGGAGGUUGAAGCGGGUUAUCCGCGUCCCAUCGGCAAGGACUGGCUUAUGUGCACGGAAAUGCAGUCGGACUCCCCGGAGAUGCAGAACAACUCGAACACGAGGCUUCACGGGCAGCACCACGCAGACCAUGCAGAAAAUGGCUAUGAGGUGUGUUCCUGCACUUCGGACUCAGCCUCCCCGUUGGGGAUGCGACUGACCUUCUCGCCCGCCUGGGUGUUAGCGCCGCUCUGGACACUCACACUCGUUCUCUCCUCUGCUCCUCUCUGA